AUGGCAUCCGUCGAAGACACUUUCCAGGUCCAGCCUCGUUCACGCCGCGUGGGUACCGUCAGACCACAAUCAACGUACGACCCACCUUUUACUUCCUCUUCCCCAUCUAUUGUAGAUUCAGCACUUCUUCGUCCAACAAUUCCUACUCGUUCACCUCUCCGACCGCCACCAACGAAAUCGGUGAUUUCCGCAUCAUCGACGGAAUCUGCCCUAAGCUCCGCUUUCAUUAAACUUUCCACGCCAACACCUUCCGAAGACGAUUUUGACCCUUCUACGAUGCCUUUGUCAUUUCAAAUUCGAAACAGGAGCUUUCCCUCCCUCAACGGCCUCGUGGAUGGGUUUCCAGACGACGCUGAACUAUCCAAGGCCUUGCCAUUACGACCAGAGUCUCCUUUUGCUUUGUCCCCAAUGGAAGAUGAAGUUGCUUCUUCUUCUUCCGCAUCCUCACAUGGUCAACAAACCACUCCCACUUUCACAAAGAGACAGCAUGCCCUUCACGAGUUAUUAGCGUCGGAACGAGCUUAUGCCUCAGAUUUAGCUUUGGUGAGAGAGAUAUACAUCCCUCUAGCAAUAGGCCAUCCAAUGUUGAGCAAUAUCCCCAUUAGCCCUCCCCAGUCCUCAGCCUCAUCGUCACGCACAAUGUCCAUCGCAUCCGACUCUUCAGCCGGGUCCUUUAACGCCCCAAUGUCUACUGAAGAUGCUAAAAUCAUCUUCAAUAACAUCGCUGAACUAGCAUUAUUCUCGGAUAUGUUUUGUGAUCGUCUGCAAGAUGCCUUAGGCGCGGUCGUGGAGGGUGGCAUUGGCGAGGAUUGCGUUGGCGAUUUAUUUAGGCGGAUAAUACCUGAGAUGGAACGUCCGUACAAACAAUACAUCACUAAACAAGGAACGGCGGACGAACACUUACAGUCAUUACCAAAGACACCUGCACUCGAAGCCUACUUUGCUCAGACCCGGACGUACUCGACAUCAGUCUCGCAUGCUUGGGAUCUUCACUCUCUUCUUAUAAAGCCUGUACAGCGGCUUCUUAAAUAUCCUCUCCUUCUCGGCACUAUCCUAGACGAAACGCCUGAUUCCCAUUCUGACAAAGAAAACCUCAGGGUUGCAAAAGCCGAAAUUGAGGAACUCGCACGUAGUGUCAACGAAGAGCGGCGGCGCGCUGAAGUGAUCAAGGGUGUUUUGUCAGGCGACCCCAAGAAGAAACUUAGCACGUCCAAUAUCACGAUUGCGGCGUCUGUCAACCUCAGUAAAAUGAAAAGCUUACGAAGAGCGCAGCCGUCAGAUAGUGGUUCUAUAGAGGCAGCAAAGGUGGAGCUGAUGGAGGGCGAGCUGAAGAAGGUUGAUCUGUUUGCGCAGCAGUUUGCCAAGGACGUUCUUAGUUGGAGCAAAUCGAUGACUUCGGUCAUGCAGAAUCUCAUGAUUUGGGCCGUUAGUUUUGGAAAGGUCAUUGGACUUUCAGAAGAUCAAGGAAGUGAAGCGUUCGAUGCAUUCAAAGGGCUAUUGGACCAAUAUCUUGGACCUCUAUGCGUCGAAUUGGAGAAGGUCAUAAACGAACGGCUGUUAAAGGAAAUCGUGCUGUUGCUUGCCACAAUGCAACAACCCAUAAAGCUCCUUGAAUCGAUGAACGAGCAAGAACCUUUCCAUUACCAUCUCCUCACCAUGAAUGUCACCGCAAAGAACCGUCCUCCUCCAGCUCUCCUCGAAGCAUCUACAAAUUACCUCGCCCUCCGCGGUCAACUCUUCAAAGAGCUCCCUCGAUAUUUGAACUUACUACACCGCGGGAUAGCCCUUUCCGUGCGCAGACUAGCCGAUAUCCAAACACAGUUUUGGCAGGACGUAAGAGAUCGUUGGGCCGAGUUGUGGGAGAUGCUUCGAGUGGAGGGUGAGAUGAAUGCUGGAGCGGAUGAGACGAUUGCCGUCUGGGUAGCUCGCUGGUCAGACGUCGACGAGGUUGUCAGGUCUCUUGCUAUCACCAACGAACGGAAGAUAUAUCAGGAACCGCUUAAACCCAUUGUAUCCCCACAAACGCCACCAGCGUCAGCGAGUACUUUCUCAUUCUCGCCGCAUUCUCCGUCGUUGAAGUCAUCAAGGAGUAGCGGUGCCAACAGUGUUGCGAACAUCAUACAUUCCUUGGAUCCGUCUCAUUCUCAAGUAUCUCAUCCGUUUGCUCUUUCCUCCCCUCCUCCCGCCUACCAAAGUAGAGGACGUGGGUACAGUGAUGCUUCCAAACGCAGUCGUGAAUCGAAUGAAAAUCUAAAAGCUGCUGCAAGCAUCAAGUUAGGCAAGAAAGAGAAGGAACAAAAAGAAAAGAAAUCCAGAUCCCUCCAGCCUCAUGAGGACUGGAGUGAAAUUCUUGGUGGCCUGGAUAUUGCUGGGGCCGGUGUCCCAACUCUGCCAAUACCACGCACAAAGAGCAUGCCUUUGACCAAGAUUGCGAAGACUACCUCCAUGUCCUCUUCUUCUUCUUCUUCAGCCUCCAAGCCUCCUGUAAUAGAUCUUUCACCCAUAGAUGACGCAUCAUUUUUCCCACCUUUAGAGGAUGACCGCGGGAGGAAUGAUCGCAAGCCAAGUUUCAGAAGAAAGAUCAGUGAGACGCUUCGAUCUAACUCAAAGCCACGAAAUGGUAGACCUGUGUCCUCCAAAGGGCUCAGUUCUUCUUUAACAUCGCCGCCGACAUCGUCAUCCAGGGAUGAUUCCUCGUUUCCGGUACAAAUGAGUUUACGUAGAGACAGUUGGUCGUCUGCACAAGCCAAAUAUGCAUGCCGAGUUGUUCACCCAUGCAGGCCGCCCGCCGUUGUCUCGUACUUUGGUUUCCCUUUCUUUACUCUAGUCGAGGGUGAUGUGUACCAGAUCCUGCAGGAAGCCGGACAUCCAAGUAUUCAUCCAAAACUUCCGCUGUACGUCGAUGAUGGAGAGGACUGUCUACUGCUCUGUAGGAAUGAAGUGGGUACUGUGGGAUGGGCACUGGCAAGCUUCUUAGAACCGAUUGGAGUUUCCAUUUCGUAA